GUCGGGAUACUCGGUCCGCCCACCUAGUCAUCUAGUCUAGUGCUGCGUUCGCGAGAUCCGUGUUUCUCCCAAGAUGGUGGCGUUUCUCUCUGGGUGACUAUAGGAGAAGACAGGGCCUCUCGUCUUCGCCAGCACCUAGCCGCCCCUCCUGCGCUUGCUCGCGCACCCGGCCACGCAGCUUUUCACUGCCUCAUCACGCCUCUCCUCUGUCGACCUGUCGCGGACGGUGGCGCCUCCUUCUGCUUCUCUUCGGAGUUGCUCGCCGCCCUCGCCCCCCACUGUGGAUAGAUCGCGGCAGCAGCCGUUCUGCACCGACUUCACGGUUGCCCAGGCGCCUGGCCUCCUGGCCUCAGUUUCCUAAGAAGCGCGGGUCCCGCAUGAGACCCGGCGGUGGCGCCAGCGAAAGGGAACGAGGCGGUGGCGGGCGGAGGCGGCGGACGAGGGCAACAAGGACCAGUUAGGCGGCCACAGCUGGAAGGGCCGCAGCCCACGCGCGGGGGCGAGGACAGGUUAAAAAUCUAUAAGAGCCUGAUUUUAGAGUUCACCAGCUCCUCAGAAGUUUGCCGAAAUAUGAAUUAUUAAGCCUACGUUCAGAACAAGUUAGCAGCUAGACUGAUGUGACAACCUGUUUUUAAUCAGUGAUUCAAAGCUGUUAUCACCCUGAUGUCACCGAAUGGCCACAGCUUGUAAAAGAUCACCAGGAGAACCCCAGUCUGAGGACAUUGAAGCUAGCCGAAUGAAGCGAGCAGCUGCAAAGCAUCUAAUAGAACGCUACUACCAUCAGUUAACUGAGGGCUGUGGAAAUGAGGCCUGCACGAAUGAGUUUUGUGCUUCCUGUCCAACUUUUCUUCGUAUGGAUAACAAUGCAGCAGCUAUUAAAGCCCUUGAGCUUUAUAAAAUUAAUGCAAAACUCUGUGAUCCUCAUCCCUCCAAGAAAGGAGCAAGCUCAGCUUACCUUGAAAACUCAAAAGGCGCAUCUAACAACUCAGAGAUAAAAAUGGACAAGAAAGAAGAAUUUAAAGAGGUGAUGUACCUAACUGAAGAGAAAAUAUAUGAAAUUUAUGAAUUUUGUAGAAAGAAGGGUGAUUACACCCCUAUAAUUCGUGUCAUUGGAAGAAUAUUUUCUAGUCCUGAUGCACUGGUUAAGAGCUUUCGGAAAGUCAAACAACACACUAAGGAGGAAUUGAAAUCACUUCAAGAAAAGGAUGAAGACAAGGAUGAAGAUGAAAAGGAAAAAGCUGCGUGUUCUGCUGCUGCUAUGGAAGAAGACUCAGAAGCAUCUUCUUCAACGAUGGGUGAUAGCUCACAGGGAAACAACAAUGUACAAAAAUUAGGUCCUGAUGAUGUGACUUUGGAUAUUGAUGCUAUUAGAAGGGUCUACAGCAAUUUGCUCCCUGAUGAAAAACUAGAAACUGCCUUCCUGAAUGCAAUUGUCUAUCUGUCACCUAACAUGGAAUGUGAUUUGGCAUACCAGAGUGCAUAUGAAAAAGAUCCUAAUUAUAUCAAUGUGGUCAUUAUUGUAAUGGAGAAUAGCAAUCUCCACAGUCCUGAAUAUCUGGAAAUGGCAUUGCCAUCAUUUUGCAAAGCUAUGUGUAAGCUACCCCUUGAAGCUCAAGGAAAACUGAUUAGGCUAUGGUCUAAAUACAGUGCCGACCAGAUUCGGAGAAUGAUGGAAACAUUUCAGCAACUUAUUACCUACAAAGUCAUAAGCAAUGAAUUUAAUAGCCGAAAUCUAGUGAAUGAUGAUGAUUCCAUUGUUGCUGCUUCAAAGUGUUUGAAAAUGAUUUAUUAUGCAAAUGUAGUGGGAGGGGACGUGGACACAAAUCAUAAUGAGGAAGAUGAUGAAGAGCCCAUACCUGAGUCCAGUGAAUUAACACUUCAGGAGCUUCUGGGAGAUGAAAGAAGAAAUAAGAAAGGUCCUCGAGUGGAUCCACUAGAAACCGAACUUGGCGUUAAAACUCUAGACUGUCGAAAACCACUUAUUUCCUUUGAAGAAUUCAUUAAUGAACCACUGAAUGAUGUUCUAGAAAUGGACAAAGAUUAUACAUUUUUCAAAGUUGAAACAGAGAACAAAUUCUCUUUUAUGACAUGUCCCUUUAUAUUGAAUGCUGUCACAAAGAAUCUGGGAUUAUAUUAUGACAAUAGAAUUCGCAUGUACAGUGAAAGAAGAAUCACUGUUCUUUACAGUCUAGUUCAAGGGCAGCAGUUGAAUCCAUAUUUGAGACUCAAAGUCAGACGUGACCAUAUUAUAGAUGAUGCACUGGUCCGGCUAGAGAUGAUUGCUAUGGAAAAUCCUGCAGACUUGAAGAAGCAGCUGUAUGUGGAAUUUGAAGGAGAACAAGGAGUAGAUGAGGGAGGCGUUUCCAAAGAGUUUUUUCAGUUGGUUGUGGAGGAAAUCUUUAAUCCUGAUAUUGGUAUGUUCACAUAUGAUGAAGCUACAAAAUUAUUUUGGUUUAAUCCGUCUUCUUUUGAAACUGAGGGUCAGUUUACUCUUAUUGGCAUAGUCCUGGGACUGGCUAUUUACAAUAACUGUAUACUGGAUGUCCAUUUUCCCAUGGUUGUGUACAGGAAGCUAAUGGGGAAAAAAGGAACCUUUUGUGACCUGGGAGACUCUCACCCAGUUUUAUAUCAGAGUUUAAAGGAUUUAUUGGAAUAUGAAGGGAAUGUGGAAGAUGAUAUGAUGAUCACUUUCCAGAUAUCACAGACAGAUCUUUUUGGUAACCCAAUGAUGUAUGAUCUAAAAGAAAAUGGUGAUAAAAUUCCAAUUACAAAUGAAAACAGGAAGGAAUUUGUCAAUCUCUAUUCAGACUACAUUCUCAAUAAAUCUGUAGAAAAACAAUUCAAGGCAUUUCGCAGAGGUUUUCAUAUGGUGACUAAUGAAUCGCCCUUAAAAUACUUAUUCAGACCAGAAGAAAUUGAAUUGCUUAUAUGUGGAAGCCGGAACCUAGAUUUCCAGGCACUGGAAGAAACUACAGAGUAUGAUGGUGGCUAUACGAGAGAAUCUGUUGUGAUUAGGGAGUUCUGGGAAGUUGUUCAUUCGUUUACAGAUGAACAGAAAAGACUCUUUCUACAGUUUACAACAGGCACAGACAGAGCACCUGUUGGAGGUCUGGGAAAAUUGAAGAUGAUCAUAGCCAAAAAUGGCCCAGACACAGAAAGGUUACCUACAUCUCAUACUUGCUUUAAUGUCCUUUUACUUCCGGAAUAUUCAAGCAAAGAGAAACUUAAAGAGAGAUUGUUGAAGGCCAUCACAUAUGCCAAAGGAUUUGGCAUGCUGUAAACAAAACAAAAAAAAAAGAAAAAAGAAAAAAAGUUAAAAAACAAUAAGUAUAAGAGGGAUAAUUUGAUGGUAAUAGUAUCCCAGCAUAAAAAGGCUGUAAGAUAGUGAACCACAGUAGUCAUCUAUGUCUGUGCCUCCCUUCUUCAUUGGGGACAUUGUGGGCUGGAACAGCAGAUUUCAGCUGCAUAUAUGAACAAAUCCUUUAUUAUUAUUAUAAUUAUUUUUUUGCGUGAAAGUGUUACAUAUUCUUUCACUUGUAUGUACAGAGAGGUUUUUCUGAAUAUUUAUUUUAAGGGUUAAAUCACUUUUGCUUGUGUUUAUUACUGCUUGAGGUUGAGCCUUUUUGAGUAUUUAAAAUAUAUAUACCAACACAACUAUUCUCGCAACGGAAACAUUGCCACCAUUUGUAGACCAUGUUAUCUUCAAGUAUGUGCUAUUUUUUUUUUUUUGUCCCUGUAUCUAAGUCAAAUCAGGAACUUUUUUUCUGACAGUUUGCUUUUGAAACUUGAAGUCGAGUAAACAGUGUGGUGCAAGUACUGCUGUUCUAGCCCCCAAAGAGUUUUCUGUACAAAAUUUUGAGUAUCAAUAAAGAUGAAAGGGAGAGCUUGGAAUGUUUGAACCACAGCCCUCAGAACUUUAGUAACAGCACAACAAAUUAAAACAACUCAUGCCACAGUAUGUUGUCUUCAUGUGUCUUGCAAUGAACUGUUUCAGUAGCCAAGCCUCUUAGUAUAUGUAAGGACAGGGAUUUUUGUUGUUGUUUCUGUUUUUGUUGUUUAAGUUUACUGGGGAAAGUGCAUCUGGCCAAAUGAUAGGAUAGUCAAGCCUAUUGCAACAAAAUUAGAAAGUUUGUUGUAUAAAUGAGCAUGUAAAAGUGCACUUAAAAUGAACCUUUAUUAUUACCGAGAUUUUAAAUAGACAAUCCAAAGUCUCCCCAUCUGUUGCCAUCAUCUUGUUUAAUCAACUGUUUUUCAAGGCACUUGAUCAGUGUUGCAGCAUAACAGAAAGUACAGCUACUGUGCCUUGUGUUACUUAUGUACACAGUAAACAGGCCUGUAAGUGAAUGGAACUAGUACUCCUGCGAAUUAAAUUGUAUAUCCCCCAAAUUAAAAUUUACUUUAAAAGUGUUAAAGAUUUCAUGUCCUAUAUUAAAAUACAAAUAGGCUUAAAUUACUGGAUAUUUAAUGUAGUUUCCCAUCCCUAGUCUUCUAUGUCUGUGAUGUUAAUUUCUUUUGUUGCGUAACAAAAUAAAAGAAUUAUGUAUUUUUAACUAAGGAGAGACAUACUGGUAUAUCAUUUUACUACAAGCUACAGAUAACCUGUUGAGCUUGUACCUUGAUUGUUCUACAACUAGUGUAAAUCAACCUGAUGUUUUAAAUUGGCAAGGGAUAAUUGUAGCUUUAAAAUCAUUGGAAGGGGAAAAGGAUGUCUUUUAGGAUUAUUUUCAUUCUUGUAGUAGUUGAGAUAGAGCUAUUAUUUACUGUAAUGCUAAAUGAAACAGUGGCUUAAAUACUUUAAUGGGAAUAGAGAACACAGUGUGUUCCAUAUUGUGAUAUGGUAACGUGAGUUUUUUUCUGAGCUAGCCUUUAGAGCACUGUUGUGGUAUGUAUGCUAACUUGAUUAUAGGACCCCCUAAAAUGUGACUAUAGCCAUCUUAAUGGGCAUCUCAUCCACUGUGCUUCUUAUGUAUUAUGAAAGUGAUAAGAAGACAAAUUAAGUGGGUAUAUUUUAUAAAAUAAAUUCAUGAAGAGAUUUGUGUUCUUCAGUUCUCAAGUUUAUUAUCACUACAGUAUUGAAGUAGUUGUGAUACUAUAUCUGUGUGAAAAUUUUCAAAUGAUAAUAUAGAUUAUCAAACAGAAAUAACAUCAAUAUAUUUAAAAGAAAGUGAAAAAAAUAAACCUAAAAUUUUUUCAGUGGUAAAAAUACACUCUCACUUGCUUCCUAAUCAGUUUUUCUCAGCAUGUUACAACGUUAUUAUGGCUGCCUUUUCAUCAUCGCUUUACUAGAUUGUCAUGGAACAAUACUUACGAGUUAAAAAAAAUACUUUUUAGUAUCGUAGAACACUUCAAACUUAUGGCAUAAAAGCACAGCCUGCAGCAAAACUUUUCUGAAGACUUGGCAGCUGCAGCAAACAAAUUGAGUGUCUGAUUGUACAUAUUGUGGUCUAUAGUUAAUUGUGUGAUCAAAUUAAUUUACAAUAACCUUACCUUUAUUUGGAAAUACAUCCCUGUGUAGGAAUGUAUAUAUCAAAAGAAACCUAUAAAUGAAGCUUCAGAGAACUUGUUCUAUUAACAUGUGGCACAUGCAUUGCUAGGCAGCAUCACUCCCUGUUUCCAUAAGGUGGCUAUGCUGAAAUCCACCUCUUUAAGAAUUUUUUUCACAAGAAUCCGCAUAGCCUAGAGAAAGAGGUGUUUUACUGAGGCUACUCUUUAUGAUGUUGAUCCUUUAACUGAUUAUCCUAAGGCAUACUUUUAUCCUUUCUACACUUCCCAGGGCCCCCAGAAUAAAAUAAUAAUAAUAAUAAUAAUAAUAAUAAUAAUAAUAAUAAUAAUUUCCAUUUGCUGCUUAUCUUUUCUUCUCUUACCCAAUGUCAGAGUGUAAAACAGUCCCUAGUGUUUGGUGAGGAAAAUGUUUACUCAAUACACACAGAGGCUUUUUUUUUUCUCUUCUACUUUCAAAUCAGAAAAUUGACUUUGGUAACAUUUACAAGAAGAUUUGGGUGCAUCUAUGCACUUCAUUUCACUAUGUAAAGGCUGCUAAUCCAGUAAUAUUUCACUGAAAAUGUACUUGCAAUGAUACUAAUGGUCUCCAUUUGCCAGAGUAAAGAACUCUUGUUUUUAACUCUUGAUAGCCUUGCAGAGUUGGGCUACAGUUUGGUGAAAGGCUCACUUUCCAUCCUUAGUCAUAGACACCUUGUGUGAAUACUCUCCUAUUUGUACUUAAAAGGAUUCCUCUGAACUUCCUGUUCAACCUUAGUAAUUCCCAAAGAUUUUUCUCUCGUCUCAAAUCUUGUAGGUCUCAUAUCUCAUAUCAAAUCAGACCUGUAUUUACAGGACAUGAUCUUGGUACCUUAAAGUCAAUACAGUGCAGAACAGUACCUAUAAAAACAAAAUUCUUAAUAUUGUAUGUCCUAGCCAUUUCUUGUUACUUCCUUUAAAACUGCCAAUUUUGAGGCCUAAUGAGGUAGCUUAGUGGGUAAAGGUGCUCACUAUAUAAAACUUAACCUGAAUACUCUGCCUAGACCCCACAUAAACAUGGAAGGAAAGAACAACUCCACAAAGUUGUCCUCUGACAUUUCUACAUGUACCAUGGCUUUUGUGCAUGUGCAUGCAUGUUGUCUCAAACCUAAACUUAUUCAGUUGAGCUUUAUUUCAGGCCCCAAUUCUUUGAUUUACUCAUUUUAUCUUCCUAAUUGAACUGCUUCUACUUCUUUGCAUCCUCAUAAAACACAUUUUUUCUGGUUUGUAUGAGUACUUCCUCUUUGAAUAAAUUGUACAGAUGGAUUUCUGCAUAAUUUUCUAGUGCCUCCUGUUCACCAGCAUCCCCUUACAUCCCUACUCAAAAUUCCUUUACUUAGAUUUGCUAUAUUCAACUCACAUACUCUUUCAGUUGCAAUUUUGAAAGUACCAUGCUCAUAAAGAUUUCUAUUAGUUACAGUGUGCCUCCACAGUAUACUAGCAGCCUACAUAUUCCUGGUCACAGCCUUGUGAAUCACAUUGGAACAGUUGAGGAGGCCUUCAGAAGUGUCUACCCUUCCUUCUUUGCUGUGUUUUAGCUUUGAUACUGUCCCGUUAUUAUUUUUUUAAACAUCUUUCUUGUAUGGAAUCUGAGUAAAUUCACAGUGCAAAUUAUCAUAUACUAAUCUUUCUGUCUCUUCGGCAAUAGGCUGAUAAUCAUUUAUCAAGAAAUAUAAAUAUAUAUUUCUUGAAUAGAUUUUCUGGAAUCAUUGUAUCAUACAUAUCAGCUCCUGGCAAAAGAAAUCAGUGAGUUGGAAAAGACAAGAUGGUUGAAAGCAAGACAGUUUUGUAGGUCUAUACCCUGUCUUCAGGUAUACUCUGACAAUCUGGACCUGACACUUUCCCUUAUUCCAGCAGGCAUGGCAACUGAUACCUUAAGUCGUUCUGCUAUUACUGACUAGUCCCUCAAAUUUUCAUGGAGGAAUCCUCCAGAUGCUAUUCUCUGUAAAUGUAUGUAUAGUGAAUCAUAUUUAACAUUUUCUUAGACUUUGCUAGUCAAAAUCCUGUAAAUUCUGAUAAGAAUUUUCAGUGACUGCCAAAUACCUGUGCACAUGGUCCUUCAUUUUCACAAAACAGAUCAGUCACUGUAACUUGAGAGGUUAUAUACCUUACCAAAAGUCAUACAGACAGGAAAAGGGAUGACAAAUGGUAAGGGUAGAUCCACAUGACCACUGAAAAUUUGUCAUCUUCCUUUUGGAAAAACAACUAAAUUAAACAAUAAACUAAAAUUCUUAGGCUGACAUGCAUGGAACCUGGCAUCAUCCUGAUUUUCUGUUUCCCAGAAACACAUAGAAACUGAAAGGGAAUGUAUCUGGAAUAUAGUACACGGCUGAGGUUGUAGCCUUAAGUCAAAUAAAUCUGAGUUUUUAGUUUUGGACCUGCCAUUCUAUUGACUCGAUUGUACCCACUCUUACCUUAUCUCUGGUGGUGUGGUUUCAGUGAAAUUAGCAUGCAGAUGGUAGAUAACAUCUUGGAAGACAUCCUGAGAGCAGUUCUCCCAUCAUUUGCUUGUUAACUUAAAAAAAAAAAGAUUGGAAAUGUCUGUAAUAAAGACAUUAUCGUCUACCUUUAAACGGUAGAGAUGUGUUUUCACACAUCUUUGAGAGAUAAUUCACAUAGUAUAAAAUUCACCAUUUUAAAAAGUGUAAAAUUUGUGGUUAUAGUAUAUUCACAGAGUUGUGAAAUUGUCUUAAUAUAAUUCCUGAGCAUUUUCAUCGCUGUAAAGUUUUCUGUACCUAUUAGGAGUGACUGCCUGUUCUUAACCCCAAACCCUGAAAACUACUCAUCUUCAUAUGCCUAUGAAUUUGCUUAUUUUGGACAUUUCAUGUUAAUGGAGUCAUACAAUAUGUGGCCUUUUGUCUAUUUCGCCACCUUCCCCAAAGUAUUGAGUUCAAACUGCAUCCAUGUUGUAGCAUGUGCUGAUACAUUUGUUGUUGUUGUGGCCGAAUAUUGUCAUUGUAUUGUUAAACUGUAUUUCUUUUUUGGCUUGUCCAUUUGGUUGUGGACAUGUAUGUUCUUUCUGCUUUUUACAUAUUGUGAAUACUACAACUAUGAACACUUUGUGUACAUGUUUUCAUUUCUCUUAUGUCUUUUAAGCAUCUUAUGGUUUUAGUUCUUAAAUUUAUAUCUUUGAUCCAUUUUUGCAUGUGGUGCAUUGUAGGGAUCCAGUUAAUUGUUACAAAGACUAAUAAUAAUUUAUGAGUGGGCUUCGUAUCCUUGUCAAAAACACAUAUAAGUGACCAUAAAUAUGGCUAAUGUUGGACUCUUCAACUUUAUUCCAUUGUCCUAUGUGUCUCUCUUCAUAAGCCAGUACUAUACUGUGUUAAUUACUGCAGCUCUAUAGUAAGUUUUGAAUUUAGGAUGUGUUAGUUCUCUAGCUUUGUUCUACAUCAAGAUCGUUUUGCCUAUUCUGGGUCCCUUGUAUCCCACAUGGAUUUUAGGAUCUAUUUGUUAAUUUCUACAUAAAAAGCACCUGUGAUUUUGAUAGUUUUUGUGUUGAAUUGAUACAUCAGAUUGACGUAUGUGGUAUUUUAACAGUAUUAAAUUUUCUAAUCUAUAAACAUGGAGUGUCUUUCCAUUUAUUUAGGUCUGUAAUUUCUUUCAAUGCUGUUUUAUAGAUUUCAGUGUAUAUACAUCUUGGCUUUUUUGGGUUGUUUUUCACUUGAUGCUAAUUACAAACAACUGUUUUUAAAUAUUUGUUUGAAUUACUCAUUGCUGCAUCUAGAAAGAAUUGGUUUUUGUGCAUUAACCUUAUAUACUAUAGUAGCUAUUCUGAGCUGAUUCUGUUUUUAAUUUUUUUUUAUAAAAGAUUGUGCAUUUGUGAAUAUAAAUACUUUUGUUUCCUCUCCAAUCUGGAUUCUUUUUAUUUGAUUUCCCUGCCUAAGUGCCCUGGCUAGCACGUCCAGUGUAAUAUUAAAUAGAAGUGGCAAGAGUGUACAUCUUUUUCUUGUUUCUGAUUGUAGUGGGAAAGCAUUAGGUCUUUCACCAUUAAAUAUGAUGUUAGCUGUGGGAUUUUCAUAGAUGUUGCAAGUUGAGAAAUAUUCCAUCUAUUCCUACCUGACUGAAUUUUCUUUUUGAUUAAAAAACAACGGGGAUGUUGAAUUUUGUCAAAUGCUUCUGUAUCCAAUAAGGUGGUCAUGUAGUUUUUGUCCUUUAUUCUAUUGAUACAUUGUAUUACAUUGAUGGAAUUUUGUAUUGAACGAACCUUGCAUUCCUGGAAUAACCCCACAUGUCUAUGCUACAUAAACCAUUUUCUAUGCUGCUGGA